AUGAGGCGAGCAGAAGCCAGGGUGGCGCAGCACACCAAGCUGCUGCUGGUGCUGCUGGGGCUGAAGGUGCCCGAUGCCCUGGGCUGCCCCUCCGACUGCGUGUGCUACCCAUCCCCCAUGACUGUCAGCUGCCAGGCUCACAACUUCGUCACCAUCCCGGAGGGUAUCCCUGAGGACAGCGAGAGGAUCUUCCUCCAGAACAACCAGAUCACCUUGCUGCUGCGGGGCCACUUCAGCCCCUCCAUGGUCACCCUCUGGAUCUACUCCAACAACAUCACCUUCAUUGACCCCAACACCUUCGACGGGUUCGUCAACCUGGAAGAGCUGGACCUGGGGGACAACCGCUACCUAAGGGCUUUAGCUGCAGACACCUUCCAAGGGCUGGUGAAACUCCACGCCUUGUAUCUGUACAAGUGUGGGCUGAGCUCCCUCCCCAGUGGGAUAUUUGGUGGCCUCCACAACCUGCAAUACCUUUACCUGCAAGACAACCACAUCGAGUUCCUUCAGGAUGAUAUUUUUGUUGACUUGGUUAACCUCAGCCAUCUUUUUCUCCAUGGAAACAAGCUCUGGAGCCUCCAUCAGAACACAUUCAGGGGACUAAUAAACCUGGAUCGGCUGCUCAUCCAUCAAAAUCAGCUGCAGUGGAUUCACAGGCGGGCUUUUCACGACCUCCGAAGAUUGACCACCCUGUUCCUGUUCAAUAACAGCCUCUCGGAGCUGCAGGGGGACUGCCUGGCCCACCUGGGAGCCCUGGAGUUUCUCAGGCUGAACGGGAACCCGUGGAGCUGCGACUGCAAAGCCCGUUCGCUCUGGGAAUGGCUGCACAGGUUCAGAGGCUCCAGCUCCAGCGUCAUUUGCGAGUCCCCCGAGCAGAUGCACGGCAUGGACCUCAAGGUGCUAAGAGCAGAAGACUUUAGGAACUGUUCGGGGUCCGAGUCGCUCCAUCAGAUUAAACACACUUUCUCCACAGCAGACAGAGGAGCCUCCAAAACCCACCACCCUCACCACUCCUCCAAGGAGAAGGGGAAGGAGAGAGGGGCCGAGAACAGUUUGCACAGCAACCAACCCGCCGCUCCCCCCGGCUCCCGGCCGGGCUACCGCAAACCCGGCAAGAACUGCACCAGCCACAAAAGCCGGAACCGAACCUCCAAACCGGUACCUUUGGGGCCAGGGAAAAAAGGGCAGGAGGUCCCAGACUAUGUGCCUGAUUAUCAGCACAAAUACAGUUUCGGGGUGAUGCCGACGCUGUCCCCUAAACGUAAGGGUAAGUGCACGAGGCGGACGCCCAUCCGCCCUCCCAGCGGCGUGCAGCAGGCAGCCGGCUGCUCGGGGCUCAGGGCAUCGCUCCUGCUGGUCAUGGUGGCGUUUGCAGCAGUCGUACGCUGA